GUUAUAAGAUCCAAGAAAAUACGGGCGUAAUACUCAAGCCGUAACGGGCUAAAUGAAAAGAGAUAGAAACUUAGGAUUUGAAAUUCAAAAAAAGCGGAGCAAUUAUAUAGCCAAAAUCCGCGCUCUCCCCAUAGACCCGUUUUCUCUCUUAUCUUCUCCUUUCUUCUCCCCCAAAACCCCAUUUUUUUCCUUUUUUGUGCGUUUUCAAAUUUCAACUCAGAUUUCAGCGAUUUGAAUGAACAGUCCACUUUACCGUUACGGAUCUUCCCCUCGAUUUCCCCAAUUUAUACUUCUAUUGGUCGGCGGACGAAGCCAAAACCACCGCACUGAUCGCCUGAAUCACGCUACCGCGAGUUCGUGACGUCAUUUUCCGGCCAAUUUCGUGCUGCUUCCACUGCGACCUUCCGAAUUCCGGCGCUCAAGCCGAUCGUUCUCGAGAUUAUUGAUCCUGAGAUGAAUAACCACCAAGACAAUCAGCCUUCGCGUAUGGAAACAGCUUGUGGAUCUCUAAUGUCCGAGUUGAAGAAAAUGUGGGAUGAUAUCGGAGAGAAUGAGGUUGAAAGGGACAAGAUACUUUAUCAACUUGAACAAGAGUGUUUGAAAGUGUACAAAAGAAAAGUUGAUGAGGCAAGCCGCAACUGUGCUCAGCUGCGGCAAGCAGUUGCUGAAUCUGAAGCAGAACUUGCACGAAUCUGUGCUGCGUUGGGGGAACAGCCAGUUAAUCCAAGGCCGAAAUCAAGCAGCUUGAAGAUGGAGCUUGAGGCCAUUAGGCCUCAGCUACAAGAGAUGAAACACAGAAAACUGGAAAGGGAGUGUCAAUUUGCAGAUGUCAUCAAUGCAAUAGACAUUGUCUUGGAGGAGCUUGGUUUAUCAAGAAAAGAGUUUCCAAAUGUGAUUGCCUUGGAUGAAAGUGAUAUGUCCUUGAGAAGACUCGAAGAGAUGAAGGGUCACUUGCUUUCUCUGCAAGCAAAAAAGUCGGACCGCUUGAAGCAAGUGCUCAACCUCUUGGAAUCUCUCAAUUCGUUAUGCCUCGUGCUUGGUAUUGAUUUUAGAAAUACUGUUGUGGAAAUCCAUCCAACUUUGGAUGGCUCAUAUGCCUCGAAAAGUGUAAGUGCACAGACAAUUGAUAGGUUAACUGCUGUAAUACACAAACUGCGUGAGGUCAAGAUUCAACGACUUAAUAUGGUUCAAGAUCUUGCAACCACAACGGUGGAGUUAUGGAAUUUGAUGGAUACGCCAGUGGAGGAACAACACCCAUUCCUUAGUGUCACACGGACUAUAGCUGCUUCAGAAAGUGAAAUUACUGAGCCAGACGCUCUCUCAUUACAAUUUAUUAAGUCUGCAGAAGUUGAGGUUUCAAGGCUUUUAGAGUUGAAGACGAGCAAAUUGAAGGAAGUUCUCUUGAAAAAGAGGCUUGCAUUGGAGGAAAUAUGUAGAAAGGCCCACAUAGUUCUUGAUGCUGAUCAAUCGACUGAGUUCUCACUAGAGGCUAUAGAGUCUGGGGCAAUCGAUCCCUCUUACCUACUCGAACAGAUAGAGAUCAAGAUUUCCACGUUAAAAGAAGAAGCUUUCAGCAGGAGAGAGAUACUUGAAAAGGUCGAUAAGUGGCUAGCUGCAUGUGAUGAAGAAUCAUGGUUGGAGGAGUACAACAGGGAUGACAAUAGAUAUAAUGGUGGAAGAGGCACACAUCUUAUUCUGAAGCGAGCUGAGAAAGCCAGAGCGCUUGUCAACAAAAUUCCAGGAAUGGUGGAUAUAUUGACGUCAAAAGCUAAAAGCUGGGAGAGAGAGAGAGGAGUUCCAUUCUUGUAUGACGGAGUUAGCCUUCUUUCUAUGCUUGAACAAUAUGGUCUUGUAAAGCAGGGGAAAGAGUUAGAACGUCAGAGGCAGAGGGACCAGAAGAGGCUUCAGGGACAGCUGAUUGCAGAACAGGAAGCACUCUUUGGGGCAAAGCCUAGCCCAUCACCGAGUGUGAAGAAGAAUUUAGGUGGGGGUGGAAACAAUAAGAGAUACUCAAUGGGAGGAGCCAUGCUCCAAACACCAUAUGCUGAGAGGGCAGCACUGUCUAUUCACACCACGAAGAAAAAGAACCCGGUGAAGCAGCCAGCCCUUGCUAACGUUACACAAAACUUCGUUGCCCACUCUUCUGGUAAGAGAGAGAGUUCUAUACAUGCAAAACAGCAGCAUUCAAUCAACAUAUCAAAUCCAAAUAGGAAUCCCCUUUCCCCUCUAUCAUCACUCUCAUUCAACACCAACUCUCCCAACAUAAUAAUCCCGAGAAAUGAGGAUGAAACACCUCCAUCGUCACUGAUGACCACUCCGGUGAAGAACGUGUGUGGUAUUAUUGGAGGAGGAGGGGGGUACACAACCCCGAAGAACAUAAUGCCGAUGCGGACCCCAUCCACACCUCCCUCUGCCGCUUCCAUCGCCAUGCAGACUGCCGCCACACCUGCCCCUGCAGCUGCUUCUCUUGCUGCCGACGAUGAUGACUAUGUCGAGUACUCCUUUGAGGAGAAGAGAGCCGGGUUCUUUAUCCCCAGGUUACAACAAAUCCAUUAGCUAUUAUUGUGUUGGCUUUCUCUGAGCUUUUCCACCGUUAGAUCGUGCGCUCUCUCACACACACAGACUCUGUUUGUGUGUGUGUGUGAGUGUUUGAUCUAACGGCUCGAAAUGGAUGCUCAUUUCAGGGUGUACAUUUUUUCUUUUUUUCAUGCCAUAGAAAUUUGGCAGUUUCGGAUUUGAACGGUGGGGAUGAAUUGAUUGAAUCAAAGCUCUCCUGUUAU